GAUCACGGUCGCCUCCCGGGCCCCUUGACCCUUAACAACCUGCCCUUUCCCGAUUUGGAAUCCAAAUGCCCUAAUGGAUUGAAUCUUCAGGAAAUCCAAGUUACUUGCCUUGAUUCUCUUCGUUUCUUUCUUUCUUUCAUUUUUUUUUUGUCAAGAACCAGAAUCCCUUUUCCAUGGCUGCCUUUUCUCCUCCUCCCCCCCUGUGUUUUGUCCUGCUAUGGAUUCUAGGGUUUGGGUCCGGGUCAGGUAUUGCUUAUGCUUUCAAGGUUCCUUUCAGAGUAAACGAUGCGCUUCCUGUUCUUCCUCGUGGGAUUUCGUGGCCCGUUCUUAAUAACUUCCACAGUGCGGUGGAUUUGCUCCCGUAUUUUGUUGGGUCUGUGACUGCCGACAAUUCAUCGAUUGAGUGGAAAGGAGCGUGCUUUUAUGAAAAUAAAGCUAAGCUGGAGUUCACCGCCGGGGACAGGGAUGAUCCAGGCUUGGGAGGUGGCAUUCUCUAUCUCCAGACAUCCGCUGCUCACAGCUGGACCUGUAUGGAUCUGUAUGUGUUUGCAACUCCCUACAGAAUUACAUGGGAUUACUACUUCUCUUCUCGAGAACAUACCUUGAAAUUUGACUCGUGGGAAGAGCCUGCAGAGAUGGAAUAUGUAAAGCAACAUGGGGUUUCUGUGUUUCUUAUGCCAUCAGGGAUGCUGGGAACCCUGCUAUCCCUAAUUGACGUUUUACCUCUAUUCUCUAACACUGUGUGGGGUCAGAAAGCCAACUUGGACUUCCUGAAGAAACACAUGGGAGCUACAUUUGAGAAGCGCAGUAAGCCUUGGCGUGCAACUAUAAAUCCUGCAGAUGUUCAUUCAGGAGAUUUCUUAGCUGUGUCAAAGAUCCGUGGCAGGUGGGGAGGAUUUGAGACAUUGGAAAAGUGGGUAACUGGUGCAUUUGCUGGUCAUACUUCAGUUUGCUUAAAAGAUGAAAUGGGCAACUUAUGGGUUGGUGAAUCGGGGCAUGAGAAUGAAAAGGGUGAAGAAAUAAUAGUGGUAAUACCAUGGGAUGAAUGGUGGGAACUGGCUCUUAAAGAUAGUUCUAAUCCCCAGAUAGCCCUGCUCCCAUUGCACCCAGAGUUGCGUGCAAAAUUUAACUCUACUGCCGCAUGGGAGUAUGCACGGAGUAUGUCAGGCAAGCCAUAUGGUUAUCAUAACAUGAUAUUUAGUUGGAUUGACACAGUCGCUGACAACUAUCCUCCACCUCUUGAUGCUCACUUGGUAAUUUCUGUCAUGUCUAUGUGGACUAGAGUGCAACCAGAUUAUGCUGCAAAUAUGUGGAAUGAAGCUUUGAAUAAGCGGUUAGGGACUGAGGGUUUGGCUCUGCAUGAAAUUCUGGCUGAGACUGAGAAGCGUGGGAUACCUUUCGAUCAAUUACUUACCAUUCCAGAACAAGAUGAGUGGGUAUAUAGUGAUGGAAAAUCAACAACAUGUGUUUCCUUCAUUCUCUCGAUGUAUAAAGAGGCUGGAAUAUUUGGAUCCGUUUCCAGCUUCAUUCAAGUAACUGAGUUCACUAUUCGGGAUGCCUACAUGCUCAAGAUUUUUGAAGAUAACCAAACACGACUGCCAAGCUGGUGCAACAAUGAGAGUGACCAGCUUCCCUUCUGCCAGAUUCUUGGUGAAUAUAGAAUGGAACUACCUGGCUAUAACACUUUGGAACCAUACGGCAACAUGAAUGAACACUGCCCUUCCCUUCCCCCAACUUAUGACAGGCCCUCACGAUGCUAAAUCCAUUCGCUUUACCAUCAACGUAUUUACACCUAUUGAUGUUAUUUGAAUUGCCUGCUGGCUUUAUACAAGCAAUAACUUAAAAAGGGGAGGGGGGAACUUAAAUGCUGUUCUGAGGCAAUGUAGGGUUUUUUAAACAAAUGACCGCGCGUCAUUUUUUUAUUUGAUAGCUCGGUAAAGCGUUACCACGUUUUCCUGUACUGGGAAUAUACCAAUCUGGCAUGGCCUGCAAAUCACAGAAUACUAGAAUACUGUAUCUUCACGAGAAUGCUGUUUAUAUGCUGCGAUAAUUUUAGAGGUUUACAAA